AUGACGGGACAGCGGCAUCGUCGUGAGGAAACCGGCGUCAGCAUGCCUGUGAUAACGCACGGAGGUUCUGUAAGCGGGGAGGGAGAAGUCGAGGUGCUGGUAGGAGACUGGGAAGACACCGGUACCGACAUGUAUGACGGCUACGGCUACCGGGCGUCCGGGUACAGGGGAGAUCCCAUCGAAAUGACCCGGCUGGACACGGGAUACGAGAGUGUCCGCGAUCUGGACAAUGGGUACCGGAAUGACGUCGGGACUUUGCAAGAAAUCAGCGUGUCACGCUUCACGUCAAGAGAUUAUGCUCCAAGGGGCACGUACCGGGAGUACGAACGUCCGAAGUACAUGAACGGAGGUCCUGCCAGGGAAAGGGUGCGGCAGGUGAGCGGGGACUACCGCAGGAUCACAGGGCCGUACCGCGACUCGCAGUAUUACUCCUUGGGCAGGCGAACCAUGUACAGGGAUCCUCCCAGAGAUAGGUACCAACCGUACCAACAGAUAGUUCCGUAUGGCACCGUGCAUCGUCAGGCAGAACCACCCCGGCAAAGGGACGACCAGCCAGUCCGCCUGGUGCAGUACAGCAAAAUUGUGGACGCCCCCGGCAAACGCCGUGUGGACGAGGCACCUUGGGUGACGGCGAAAAGGCAACCAGUCCGGGAGAAGACAAGGACUCCAAUUGUAAGGAAAGAGUCAGCCAUUGAUGACAGCUGGGUUAGUGUAAAGGUUAAAGACCACCACCGAGCACAACCCAUACCUAGCCUACCCCGGAAAGAUGUACCCAAAGUUAUGAGUGUUCCGGAGCCCACCACUGUAAGUCAUACAAGGCCGGACCCCUCGUACAUACGGGCGCCUCGGUCAACUGCGAUCGAAGGACCAUCAAUGUCAGAGCCGAUCAUCAGGGCACCCGUACCAGCCGCAUCCGAACCGCGCCGAGUGGAGCCAGCUAGAAUGCCCAUCGCACCAGUUGCGGUCCCUAUCGUGGCCUCCUCGAUCGUACGUGACGCCCCUGCUGUAAGCAUGCCCACUCCGCCACGAGUUCCCACGCCUCCAUCCAUCCGGGCAGCCACUCCCCCCGACGUCUACAGGCCUGAACCACUCCGCAUGCCGACUCCUCCGCCUGUUGCUCCACCCAUCCCUCCGAGAAUACCGACUCCGGAACCGAUCCGUGCACCCACCCCGCCACGUGUGCCCACCCCGGAGCCCAUCCGUGCUCCUACACCGGUGUUCCACGCGCCACCACCUCCUGAACCAGUUCGUAUACCGACCCCGCCGUCAGUACACGCCCCCACACCUCCCCACAUCCCUACUCCCCCACGCGUGCCGACCCCACCGUCAGUACAUGCUCCCACGCCCCCUCACAUCCCCACUCCACCACGUGUGCCGACACCCCCCGCAUUUGAAGCACCACAGGCGCCAGAAGUUGACCUCCCAAGGUUCUCCGCUCCUGGUGCUCCGGAUAUAGAGGGUCCACGUUUCAGCGGUCCGGAUCUAGAUGUUGACGGUCCGGACCUCUAUGCACGACCCGGACGUCUCAGCGGUCCGGAUGUGAAUCUGGACGGUCCGGACAUUGAGGCACCACGAUUCAGCGGUCCGGAUGUAAAUCUGGACGGUCCGGACAUCGGGGCACGACGAAUCAGUGGUCCGGAUGUAAACCUCGACGCUCCGGACAUUGAGGCACCACGAUUCAGCGGUCCGGAUGUAAAUCUGGACGGUCCGGACAUCGGGGCACGACGCAUCAGCGGUCCGGAUGUAAAUCUCGACGCCCCUGUCGUUGAGGCACCACGAUUCAACAGUCCAGAUGUGAACGUUAACGCUCCGGACAUUGAGGCACCACGAUUCAGCGCUCCGGAUGCCCGUGUCGGCGCUCCGGACAUUGAGGCACCUCGUCUAAGCAGUCCGGAUAUUAACAUGGAUGCUCCUAAUGUCAAUGCACCAAGAAUGAGCGGCCCGGAAGGAAAUAUAUCUUACGAUCCCAACUUACCAAGAACACAACUGCAAGGACCGACUCCUGCUGCACAUGCCCACGCCCCUAGCCCAGACGGGAGCCCGAACUGUUGUCAGAGAUGUUUUGGGAAACCGAAGAGGCCAAAGACGAGGACACCGACGGGGCAAGUUGCGGCACCGGUGGGGGCUGUGGCGUAUCCCAUAGAUCCACCAUAUCACGUGCAGAGUCCACAACUCCAAGGUCCAAGUGGCUACGAUGGUCCAUCAGUACAAGCACCUUACGUCCAGGCGCCAAGAGGUAGCUUAGAAGGCCCUUCUAUGCAAGCACCUUACGUCGAAGCGCCAAGAGGUAGCUUAGAAGGUCCUUCUAUGCAAGCACCUUACGUCCAGGCGCCAAGAGGUAGCUUAGAAGGUCCUUCAAUGCAAGCACCAGGUGUCGAGGCUCCCCGGGGAAGCUUGGAGGGCCCAGCAGUGCACGCACCUACCGUACAGGCACAUGGGCCAGACAUGAACACGCCUGGGUAUCAGAGACCUGACAUCAACUCCCCCACACAUCGAGAGAGUAUUGACAAUCCCAGCUAUCAGUACCCUCCUCCAAGAGUGGAUGGACCCCAGGCUGAUGUUGGCACUCCGGGGGCGGCAACACCACAGCCGACCUUCCAAGGUCACGCGCCAUCCAGUCAGAACCUCAUUGACCCGGAAGACAAAGGAUACUGCCCAGCCUGCGCUUGUUGCAGCUUACCGUGCUUCAGCCUCUGCCCGAAGGCCUGCAGACGGCGACCCAACGCGCCCAGCCAGCGCAUGAUCAAACAAGCGAACCUGGAGGAUGAGAAGUUCGGCUGGAUCGGUGUGGGGGUGCUGGCACUGCUGGCUAUAGCCGGGAUCCUCAUGGCGCUCGGCUUCAUCGGGUACUUUUCAGGAGGAACAGCACCCGUCGCCGGCCCUAGGCCUGCGCCCUGAGACUGUGUCCACAGACAUCUACAAAAGAACAUCUCUGGCUGAAGAUUGUGAGCAGCUAGUAUAACAACUUUGUGGUUACAAAUAUGGGCAUAUUUUAUUUUCAUCAUACAUAUAUCCAGUAAUCAAAUUGUUAAUUCGUCAGCAAACUUAUUGAGUUUGUCAAAUGUACUUAACCUAUGGAGUAUCACGCUUUUCAAGCUUAGGUAUUGUUAUCGGAUUUCCCAACUUUUACAAAAAGUAGUUACGGGCAUAUCACACUAGACAAUUAUUUGUCCUGAUUUAAAUUUCUCUAUAAUUACAGACUAUACAAGGAUAUUGGACUAUAAUUUGGUGCUCCCAUGGUUCACUGUCAUUUUCUUUACCAUUUUGUACAUUAAAAAAAAUAUGUUGAAGCUUAAAGGAAAAUUACAAAAGGAACAA